UGUGAGUGCACUCGUCAGGUUGCGGUGAGAUGGCUUGCAGAGAUUCUGUUGUGGGAUCCCAGCACCGAUGUGAUGGUUGACUUUAUUGGGUAUAUCUGCUACUUCGCAUAAUCCCAUCUUACCUCCGACAGGCAAUGCAGACAGAAGCAUACUUCGCCUCCUCCUGUUUCCGAAUACCGAGACACCAAUGUUAUGAUGCAGCGCUACAACGCAGGUCCAUCGAAAUUGUCCCUUCCCAUCCUCAUCAGGUUGCUUUGUUUGUGAGGCAAGCUGACUUCGCGCUCCUUGUAGAAUCCUACGUCCUCCAGAUAUCUCUUCAGUCUGCAAUCAACUUGUGUCAGUAACCGCCGUCUUUCUUUUGCAGAAGCAAAGGGCAUGAUACGUACUUCUCAUUGUCCACCCUCGGUUCCAGCAUGACCGACUCGGUCCUCAAGUCCGCCAGCAAGCAGUAAUGCACGAGCGCCGUCAACCAUAUCUUGACCCUAUGCGAUCCUCUAAACUCUUCUUCGCCAACCAAGCAGUGAAACCCUCGGUCGUAGUCGCCUACGCGUGGUAGAUAACGACCCAGCUUGUCUUCUUUUACCCAGUAGAUCUCAAAAUAGCCAAACGGCUUGCCAUCCCAGCAUCCAAUCACGGGAAACGAGUGUCGACUUUGCAGUCCGCUUUUGAGGAAUUCCUCCUGGUGCUCCUGUGGUCCCGCUUCUCCCCAGAAAUGGUUCACGCGCGGGUUGUUCAUCCAUUUGUGUAAGUACUCGGGGUCAGAGAUGCCGGGAUUCACCGUGCUGAAACCUGGGCCUGGAGAGUCGUUGAAGGAAAGUUGCGAGAUACGUUUCGUUGACGAAGGGCCACGGUGCCGGAGUGGUUUGGUUGAUAUGGAAGCCACGCGGAAGGAAAGGUACUGCCCCACGCUGGGAAUGAAUCGCGUAUACAGUAUCUCCCCCUGGCGAGGCGGUUUUGGCCGGAGAGGAUGGCGCACGUUGUUUGUGAAGAUAUACUGCGCUGGUGGAGGUGGGUAGUAUGUGGGUAAGUGGGAAGCUGAGUGGAAAGGUCCAGGCGCCGUGGGUGACCAGAGUCCUUGCGAUGUCUGCUCAAUCUGCGAAUCUCUUUGAGACUCGCCGCCCCUUACCGGAGAGCUGGGCCGCGAGGUGUAUGGUGAUCCCGCUGGGAAGGGACUCUGUGACAUGGGCGAGAGAGUAAAAAGAUAGAUGCGCGGGUCGAGCUGCCAGAAUGAUCGUCGACUGACAAACAUGCCGGUCCAUCCCUCGCUGCUUGUUUCGCUUUGCUCGAUGCCCACGCUGGACUCCUCGCUAGCAAUCAAGCCCAUACGCUCCAGCUUGGGCAACACCACUUUCCCCUUGAAAAUGCCCUCCCUAUCGAUCAUGAUGCGCCAUUCUCCCUUUGGUUUCCCGGCAUCAGCUGUGUUCUUGGACACUGCAUUGGUGACAUGCAACUCUGGUUCCUGCUGGUGAAAGUACCAGUACAAGGUGGCCCACAACAUCAUGGCGAUCUGCCUGGUGGGGGAGGUUGCGGGUUUGAAGUCAUUACUCGAGGGAUUGGAGAUGGAGCUUAUGUAGAGAUGAUCGUCAUGCAACGUAGGCUUCUUGUAUCGGUGCAAGUGUGGUUUACGCGGUAUGUCGUGCUCUUUAUCUUGUCUAGCAUGGCUUGAAUCGGGAGUUUCGUCGUGUUCCUUGUGGUGGUCCUCGGAAUUGAGUAUGAUUGUCCAGCCCGGUGGAAAUGGAGAGUUGUGGUUUGUGAGGUCAUUGCUUUUGAAAAACAGGCCACCAAAGACAGGCGAUACAGUCAGGUUCUGGCCAUUUGGUAGGUGGACAACUGCCCCAGGCAUGAUGACGAGAAGGAUGGCGGGGUAGGUAAGUAAUGGGAGGGGAUCAGGAACCAAAAAAUUGAGGUGUAGUCUGAAGGAGUAAUGCGGACGACUUGCAAGAAACGUGGUAAAAUUAUUACGGGCCAAGUCACAUGGGCUGAUAUAUCUCGAGAUGACUGAUCUGCUCAAUGGUGCCUGAGAGGAGCC